AUGGGUAUCUCGCAUCACUUCCUGGCACACUUAACAAAUGCUUACGGUAGCAAGGUCGUCUGGACUGCUUUUCGUGAGCACUUAGACGCAACAGAGAUCGGGAAGACCAUGCGAAAGGCUUUUGGUCAGCCGGAGCCCCCAAGUCUCGUGAAAAAGCUACCAACAAUGCUGUACGACUUCUUCCGAUCCGUGAAUCCGGAACCUGAUCCGGAAUCUCAAAGACACACAUGGACGCAUACGCAUUCCCUAUAUGCCACGAUAGGUGGUUUUGUCGUCGAUACUCGUGACCUAGGCCAAGACUAUCUUCCCGAGGGGCGGCAAAGGAUGACACUAGCCUUAGGGGGUCUUGCAUUUAUUGCCGGCCAUGACCCUUAUCUUAUUCCGAAUUUGUCUGUUUCUGAAAUAACAGACAAGAGCAAGGCAAACAUGUUUACGAAGAUGAUAACUUGCGGCCAAGCGUUGUGGUUUGGCAUCCAGUAUUUGACUCGGAUAUCUCAGGGCCUUUCCAUCUCGCUUCUUGAGAUCAACACCGCUGUACAUGCCGCCUGUGCCCUGGCCCUAUAUUUCUUCUUUUGGUGGGAUAAGCCGCUGGAUGUUGGAGAACCAACCAUCUGUACACAUGACGAUAUACAUCCAAUGGCCGUAUUUGGCACUGUUUCACAGAUGUAUCUUGUUGAUUGGUCGUCGAUCGAUAUGGACGACUGGGAUGACCACGAAAACCUCUACUCUUCGAGCGAAUCCGAAAUUGCGGUAUCUCAUCCUACAGUUGAGCAUAUCUUGCUCAGGCCAUCGAAGGAUUCAAAGUUCCCGUCAACAGACUAUCUCGUAUACCAUGGCUUUGUUAUGAAUAAAAACGAGGAUCUCUCGCAUUUGAAGGCUCGAUUUAACGAUCUAACCAAGCUGGAUUUCGACCGCUUCAAGCUAGCUGCAAAGGCUGAUAGAAAGUACGGGUUGCGCACUGUUAAAUCGUCUCGCUUCCUUCCUGUAGACCAGCGUACGCCCAAAGUCUUCAGUGAUAUCUUCUAG